AUGACUACCGAAACUACUGUCAGAACUUUCUUCAACUCCCCUCAAUUCGCCGUAGUGGGCGCGAGCACGAACCCCGCCAAGUUCGGCCAUAAGGUCUUCACCUGGUACCAUGCACACUCGCUCCCGGUAACGCCCAUCAACCCGGCGAGUGCUAGCAUAGAGACGCCUUUUGGCGUGCACCCGACCGUAAAGUCACUUGCAGACCUGCCCGAUCCGCAGCACACCUCGUUGUCGGUCAUCACGCCAGCACCCGUGACCCUAAACGUGCUAAAGGAAGCUAAGAAGCUCGGCAUCCCCGCCGUGUGGCUUCAGCCGGGCACCUGGGACGAUGCGGUGCUCAGCUAUGCGCGCGGUGGCGAGGAGGGAGCGGAAGAGGGUGGCUACGAGGGCGCCUUAGUCGCUGGGGACGGCGGCAGCGGCCACGGCGGCUGGUGCGUCCUCGUCGAUGGUGAGCGUGGCCUCAAAUCGGUAGGAAAAUUGUGA